AUGAGCGGCCGAGGCGGCGGCCGGGGCGGCUUCGGUCGGGGCGGCGGCCGAGGCGGCUUCGGCGGUCGCGGAGCACCCACAGGCCCUGUCGCGCGAGAUGAGGACGGCACCGUGCUCCCCACCGCACCCGCCGGACCGCCUCCGCUCUUCCCGGUGCCGAAGGUCCAUCAAGAAACGGGCGUGUUGAACGAGGGUUUUGAUCCGUACAAGGUAGCAGCAGCACAGGCCAAAGAAGCCACCAGCACCAGCACCACCGCUACUGCCGGCGCCAGCUCCGGAACCAAGCGAGCUCGUCCGCCCCUCUCCUCCGUCAUGACCCUCAUCCCGGAGUACUUCCCGGAGGACCUGUACUCGUCCAAGGACAUGCGUCCGUCCCCCCUCGAGGUCGAUGUCUACAUCAUCACUUCAGACUCACCAGGGGCAAUUUCGGACCUCUUAGGCCGCCCUCCCGCCUUCCCGCCUUCCGGCAGGCAGCUCAUUUAUCUGGUUUCCGUGCAUGUGCUCCCUCCCGCCCUCACGCCCUCCCGCCCUCCCCCUGAUGAAAAACUGAUCGGUGUUCUGUAUGCUGCUACUGAUAUCGCCGAACACGACGCAUACUUCCGCACUCAGAGCCGACCCGAUGACCCGUCAGGUUUACGGCGGUUGGAGCAGUUGGCCAAGUUGGAGAGCCAGGUGGGGGAGGAGGGCGCUCCCGGGGCUCGUAAGGCGGCGGGGGGUGCGGAGGGCGAGGAGGAGGAGGCGGCUGCGGAGGAGGAGCUCCGGGACACGGACGAGGAGGAGGACAUGGAGGACGAUGACUACUACCAGGGUAUGGUGACGGAUUUGAUGACGGCGGCGAUGAAGGGCCAGUGUACUGAACACGAGCACGUACCGGCUCCUGCGAACUCCGGGCGGUCACUUUCAAAGCAAGAGGAGGACAAGGAGGAGGACAAGGAGGAGAAGAAGACGUAUGUUGUGCUGCUGCUCUCAAAUUGGGCUCAUGUAUGCGUUUUUGUUAUGUCCGUGGUCUACUUCAGGUCAAAACACAUGUCUGGGGUCGGGGUCGAAGUGGUGACCUUGCCGGUGGAAAGGGACAAGGCGGCAUCAAGGCCCUCCCUCCCCUUGACCGUUCGCGUCAUUGCUAAGACCGAUUUCACGGGGGAAAGCGCCUUCCCUUCAAAGUGCACAACUAGUGUCGAUCCAACAGGAGCCUGUCAGGAUGGGAUGUUCGGUCGUACAGCACAUCUUUACUCGUUCAGCACACAUGCACGGAGUUGUGUGCUGUUGUUUCUGUGCGGUGGUGUGUCAGGUGGUGGCUUCCGCUUGGUGCAUGAAGUGGUGCAACCCCUCCAUAUAGCCGCACAGACUCAGGAAGCCACGCCACCUGGAGGGGGCUGUUUGGAGCCGCUGGCAGCAGUGGCCGAAACGCCGUUUGGGGUUGGCGGCGGCGGCGACGGUGGCGGCGGCGGUGCUGUUGCGGCCUGUGCCGCUGGUUUUGGAGCGGCGCCUGGGCGCGGUGGUGUGCUCUCGGCGGGCCGGGCACGAGGCCCGGUUUGGGAAUGGAAGGCCUGCAAGGUCGGGUGUGAGCGAUCCCGCACGUUCGCAUUGAGAGCGAGGGCAUCAAUGCACGAUCAAGUACCCCACUCGCCGCCAGGACACGGCACAGACGGUGCUUCGUCAGCACUUAAGUACACGGAUGGCUGGGCGGAGGGGGCAGCACCCCCUAUCCUGGCUGCCCGCUAUCCUGGCUGCCCGCCCUGUCCAUUGCUGUGGCUGCAGUCGGAUAGGACUUCGCUGCUACUACAGCUGUUGUACUCAGAAGCCGCCGUCAAGGAUGGCGAUUUGUUCUACAGCGUGAACUAUAUCGAUAUGGCUGAUAUUGGCAAGGGCACACCAGCUUCCUAG